CAUUGGAUUCAGUUGGAUUUUCCAACGCAAUAAUACACAGACUAUAUGUCUAAAUAAUUGAAGCUUUAUCUAAUAAAUUUUUUCUAUUAAUAUGUGGGCAGACACUAUCUUAAUUGUAUUUAUUAGUGUCUGUACAGCUUUAUUAGGAGAAGGUUUGACAUGGUUAAUGGUUUAUAGGACGGAAAAAUAUCAAAAAUUGAAAGCUGAAGUAGAGAAACAAAGUAAAAAACUGGAAAAGAGAAAGGAAGCACAUGGGGAUUCAUUGGAUAAGCAACAGAAGAAAAAAAUUGAACGAGAGGAAGAACGAUUAAAAAAUAACAAUAGGGAUUUGUCUCUCGUGAAGAUGAAAUCAAUGUUUGCAAUUGGAUUUGCAUUUACUGCUCUUCUUAGCAUGUUUAAUAGUAUAUUUGAUGGAAGAGUUGUAGCAAGGUUGCCUUUCAUUCCAAUCAGUUGGAUACAGGGUUUAUCACACAGAAAUCUUCCAGGCGAUGAUUAUACAGAAUGUUCAUUUAUCUUUCUGUAUAUACUUUGCACUAUGAGUAUUAGACAGAAUAUUCAAAAAAUGCUUGGAUUUGCUCCAUCUAGAACUGCAAGUAAACAAAGUGGAAGUAUUUUUGGACCUCCACCUCAACAAUUUAAAUAAAUUUAGAAAAAUAGUGAAUACAUUAUUUAAUAAUGCAUGAUGAUUAUGUAAUUAUAAUGUAAAUUUUGAUGAAUUUUUCUACAAUGCUUACUUUUUUAGUUGACAAGUGACUAACACUAAAAGAUAUUGUUUAGUAUAUAUUAAAGUGAAAAUACAAAAUUUAAUGUAUUCUCAAUG